UUGUUUUACGACACUGCAUACAGUUCCUCUCAGCACUGGUUCAAGAUGGCUUCGUCUUUUUGGAAAGGUGUUGUCGGCAUCGGACUUUUUGCCUUAGCCCACGCAGCUUUUUCAGCCGCACAGCAUCGGUCAUACAUGAGACUCACAGAGAAGGAAAACGAGACACUACCAAUUGAUAUUGUACUACAGACCUUGUUGUCGUUUGUGAUGACCUGUUAUGGCAUUGUCCACAUUGCUGGAGAGUUCAAAGAUAUGGACGCCUCCUCAGAAUUGAAAAACAAAACAUUUGAUACGCUGAGGAACCACCCAUCGUUUUACCUCUUCAAUCACAGGGGUCGGGUGCUGUUCCGCACGCCGGAGGAGGAGCCCUCCUCUGUACGCAACCAGCAAGCCCUCCCCAACCCCAUACGGUUACGCAAGCUGGAGCAUUUGCACUGAGACUGGCCUUUCCUGCCUGUAACUUCAUUGUCAGAUAAGAUUUUGUUUUCUUUUGUUAGACAGAGGGGACGGAGUGAGAAUCCCUCUACUUUAAUUUGUAUUUGUACAUAAACUAAUAUGCUGUCCAUGCAUCUCUGUCCAUAGAAGUGGUCUCCACCAUAUUCAACACUGACUGUGCCAACCCAUCAAUUUUUCAAGCAGAUUUGUUUGUAUAUACAACAGUAUGUUAUUGCUUUGGAGUCUUGAGAUACAGAGACAUCUUCCCUUGUUGUCCUCUCUGAACUGAAGCAGGAUAUCGCUGUCUUUUCUAUAUCCUAUGUAUGAGGGGCAUGAGACCGCCUGUUUCUUAACCGUUUCCUUUCAAGCACACAUCAGUCUUUAGCAACAGUCUGCGCGAACUUCUGUCAACUCAAAAGAGUUUUUUGUCAGAUGAAUGGGGAUAUUGUAUAUGUGUUGAUGAUUUCCUCGAAGCAGACUCGUCUCUACAUCCUGUAUGCAUUGAAGCGGUCUGCUUCAGGAAAUCAACUCCAGCGGAGAUGUGCGAACAGAAACCUCUAGGCAGCCGCUCUGAUGAUACUGUGAACAUAAACUAGAAAGCGCUGGUACAUUCAUCAGGGUGACGUUUAUUUUUUUUCCCUUCAUUUACGUUUUGUUAAGAUUAAACAGAUGUUUAUAAUUUAAUAAAAUGCGUACUGAUUUUA